GUCCCGCGGAGUUGGCGGAGGCUCCUCAGGGGACUAGGGGACCGAUCUGCGUAGAAGCGGGUGGCGGGGAAGAGAGGGGAGGAGAGCUCUGAGUGGCAAGCGGAGCCGGGGGCCUGAGACCCGUCGCGUCAGAGCCAGGCAAGUGAACCGGAGCAAACGACUUCCGAUCCAGUCUGCGCUGCCGCGGCUCCCGUUUGGGAUUUGAUUUGCAGCAUCUUCGAGCCUGUGCAACAAAAAACCGCGAAGCACGCCCAGCUCUCCCUCGGCACCCCGAUACGCACCCACUCCCUCCCAGGGACCCAGCUGGGCGCGCCAACACCCCCGCACCCCCACACCAUGUUGUGCGGAAGGACUUCCACUCCCCGCCUGUGUCGUUGAUGUCAGACCCCAGGCCAGCCUCCGGGCGCUGCAGUUCUCCUGGCUAAUGCUGAGGCUGCGGCUCGGGCUCUAGCACAGGAACCGACCGCUGCCGCGCCCGGCCCCAGCGCCCACCGUCUGCAUGUGCCCGCCGUAGCCGCCUGCCCAGCCGGCAGCCCGUCCUCCCUGGAGCGCUGGAGACCACCGCGGGGGGCCCCUUCUGGCCUCAGGAGAAGCGAUCUUGGAGGUAUUGAUUUCGGUGGUUGAAUUUUUUUCGUGGAUCUAUCAAUUCACAAUUCGAAUUUGGAAGAAAGAAGGAAAACAUGACGUCUCCAGCCAAAUUCAAAAAGGAUAAGGAGAUAAUAGCAGAGUACGAUACUCAGGUCAAAGAGAUCCGCGCUCAGCUCACGGAGCAGAUGAAAUGCCUGGACCAGCAGUGUGAGCUCCGCGUGCAGCUGUUGCAGGACCUCCAGGACUUCUUCCGGAAGAAGGCUGAGAUUGAGAUGGACUAUUCCCGCAACCUGGAAAAGCUGGCAGAGCGCUUCCUGGCCAAGACACGUAGCACCAAGGACCAGCAAUUCAAGAAGGAUCAGAAUGUUCUCUCUCCAGUCAACUGCUGGAAUCUCCUCUUAAACCAGGUGAAGCGGGAAAGCAGGGACCACACCACCCUGAGUGACAUCUACCUGAAUAACAUCAUUCCUCGAUUUGUCCAAGUCAGCGAGGACUCAGGAAGACUCUUUAAAAAGAGUAAAGAAGUUGGCCAGCAGCUCCAAGAUGAUUUGAUGAAGGUCCUGAAUGAGCUCUACUCGGUCAUGAAGACAUAUCACAUGUACAAUGCCGACAGCAUCAGUGCUCAGAGCAAGCUAAAGGAGGCGGAGAAGCAGGAGGAGAAGCAAAUUGGAAAAUCCGUGAAGCAGGAGGACCGGCAGACCCCACGCUCCCCUGACUCCACUUCCAAUGUCCGCAUUGAGGAGAAGCAUGUCCGGAGGAGCUCAGUGAAGAAGAUUGAGAAGAUGAAGGAAAAGCGCCAAGCCAAGUACACGGAGAAUAAGCUGAAGGCCAUUAAAGCCCGGAAUGAGUACUUACUGGCUUUAGAGGCAACCAAUGCGUCUGUCUUCAAGUACUACAUCCAUGACCUGUCCGACCUUAUUGAUCAGUGUUGUGAUUUAGGCUACCAUGCCAGCCUGAACCGGGCACUUCGCACCUUCCUCUCGGCUGAGUUGAAUCUGGAGCAGUCAAAGCAUGAGGGUCUGGAUGCCAUCGAGAAUGCUGUAGAAAACCUGGACGCCACGAGUGACAAGCAGCGCCUCAUGGAGAUGUACAACAAUGUCUUCUGUCCACCUAUGAAGUUUGAGUUCCAGCCCCACAUGGGGGACAUGGCUUCCCAGCUCUGCGCCCAGCAGCCCGUCCAGAGUGAGCUGGUACAGAGAUGCCAGCAACUGCAGUCUCGCUUAUCCACCCUGAAGAUAGAGAAUGAAGAGGUAAAGAAGACAAUGGAGGCCACUCUGCAGACCAUCCAGGACAUUGUGACCGUCGAGGAUUUUGACGUGUCUGACUGCUUCCAGUACAGCAACUCUAUGGAGUCCGUCAAGUCCACCGUCUCAGAAACCUUCAUGAGCAAACCCAGCAUCGCCAAGAGGAGAGCCAACCAGCAAGAGACAGAGCAGUUCUAUUUCACGAAAAUGAAGGAGUACCUGGAGGGCAGGAACCUCAUCACCAAGCUACAAGCCAAGCACGACCUUCUUCAGAAAACCCUGGGAGAAAGUCAGCGGACAGAUUGCAGUCUGGCCAGGCGUAGCUCAACUGUGAGGAAACAGGAUUCUAGCCAGGCAAUUCCUCUGGUGGUAGAAAGCUGUAUCCGGUUUAUCAGCAGACACGGACUACAGCAUGAAGGAAUUUUCCGAGUGUCAGGAUCCCAGGUGGAAGUGAAUGACAUCAAAAACGCUUUUGAGAGAGGAGAGGACCCCCUGGCUGGGGACCAGAAUGACCAUGACAUGGACUCUAUAGCUGGCGUCCUGAAGCUUUACUUCCGGGGGCUGGAACACCCUCUCUUCCCCAAGGACAUCUUCCAUGACCUAAUGGCCUGCGUUACAAUGGACAACCUGCAGGAGAGAGCUCAGCACAUCCGGAAAGUCCUCCUGGUCCUGCCCAAAACCACUCUGAUUAUCAUGAGAUACCUCUUUGCCUUCCUCAAUCAUUUGUCACAGUUCAGUGAAGAGAACAUGAUGGACCCCUACAACCUCGCCAUCUGCUUUGGGCCCUCGCUGAUGUCAGUGCCCGAGGGCCACGACCAGGUGUCCUGCCAAGCCCAUGUGAACGAGCUGAUCAAAACCAUCAUCAUCCAGCAUGAGAACAUCUUCCCAAACCCCAGGGAGCUGGAGGGCCCCACCUACAGCAGAGGAGGAAGCACGGAGGAUUACUGUGACAGCCCUCACGGGGAGACUACCUCGGCUGAAGACGCAGCCCAGGACGUGGCCGCAGAGCAUCACACGAGCGAUGACGAGUGUGAGCCCAUCGAGGCCAUUGCCAAGUUUGACUACGUGGGCCGGACAGCUCGAGAGCUGUCCUUCAAAAAGGGGGCAUCCCUGCUGCUUUACCAGCGGGCUUCCGACGACUGGUGGGAAGGCCGGCACAACGGCAUCGACGGACUCAUCCCCCAUCAGUACAUCGUGGUCCAAGACACCGAGGACGGUGUCGUGGAGAGGUCCAGCCCCAAGUCUGAGAUUGAGGUCAUUUCUGAGCCACCUGAAGAAAAGGUGACAGCCAGAGCGGGGGCCAGCUGUCCCAGUGGGGGUCAUGUAGCUGAUAUUUAUCUUGCAAACAUCAACAACACCUUACAUCUUGAGACCUCAAAGCCCACAACCACCAAGCAAAGGAAGCGGCCGGAAUCUGGGAGCAUCCGGAAAACGUUUCGGAGCGACAGCCAUGGGCUGAGCAGUUCCCUGACUGAUUCCGCCUCCCCGGGGGUGGGGGCUGGCUGCCGCCCAUCUUCCCAGCCCAUCAUGAGCCAGAGCCUCCCCAAGGAAGGGCCAGAUAAGUGUUCCAUCAGUGGGCACGGAAGCCUCAACUCCAUCAGCCGCCACUCCUCCCUGAAGAACCGGCUAGACAGUCCCCAGAUCCGGAAGACGGUGACAGCAGGGAGGUCAAAAAGCUUCAAUAACCACCGGCCCAUGGACCCCGAGGUGAUUGCACAGGACAUCGAGGCGACUAUGAACUCCGCCCUGAAUGAGCUGCGGGAACUUGAGCGGCAGAGCAGCGUCAAACACACCCCGGACGUGGUCCUGGACACCUUGGAACCCCUCAAGACGUCCCCCGUGGUGGCCCCCACGUCGGAGCCCUCCAGCCCCCUGCACACCCAGCUCCUCAAGGACCCCGAGCCCGCCUUCCAGCGCAGUGCCAGCACUGCUGGGGACAUCGCCUGCGCCUUCCGGCCCGUCAAGUCCGUCAAGGUGGCGGCCCCGGUCAAGCCACCAGCCACACGGCCCAAGCCCACUGUCUUCCCCAAAACCAAUGCCACUAGCCCCGGCGUCAACUCCUCAGCCUCCCCACAGUCCACCGACAAGUCUUGUACUGUCUGAGGGAUGUAAUUUAAUUGUUCUUGACAAGGGGACUGGAGGGACUGACUGUUAUUAAAAUCUUCCUAUUUAACUAGCUUGGGGACUUCGGUUGAAAAUUAGAUUCUAAGUUGUUCUUGCAGGAAUUAGCCUUCCCAUCACCCAAAACCUUGAGAAUGAAGCCCUCGUUAUCGCCCUGCCCUCCCCCUCCCUUCCCCCGGCCCUCUGCUCCCCACCCCCUCAUCGUCGUAAUCCAGCCAGCUACAGUACGUACUGUUCUUAGGUUAGCCGGAGAUAGGUUUUUCCAUUAUCAGGUCACUGUGAAAUCUGGCAAGGCAAGUCAUGGGGCCGUGGCUGAAGCCUCAGUCCCGCAGACACAGGGGAUGCCUGCCCAGAUGGUUGGCUGCCGACAGCCAGCUCUCAGUGGCAUCUUGUUUUGGGUACUGAUUAUAGAGAAUCUUACACAGUCCAUUCUCCAUUUUAUACACACACACACAUACAUACAUACACACGUAGGUUUUUCUAGUCUCUGGCAUGUGUAGCCCCUCCUGGUCCUAGAUAGACCAGUCUCUUUGUAAGUUAUUGUGGCAGUUCACACAGGAGCCACCAGAGGUCUCUGUUUCCGUUACAAAUCUUGUUCUGUCUGGGCCAGAGAGCCUAGCCUUGGACAUCUCUCCACCACCUGAAAUUUAACAGGACGGGACUCAAUCCUGUAAUGUGUUUGGGGUUGGGGGCUUUGUCUUCUUUCUAUUGGUGUGAAUUGGUCAUUGGUGUUUGCUUUUGCCCUCCUCCAUCCUCUAGAACUACACCCCGAUUUUACGGAACUUCGAAAGUUUUUCUGAAUGUAUAGAUGUUUCUCGGGUUCCUAUCUUUGUCUCUGAUGGACCAUUUUCCAUUAAGACAUUUUCCUGUAUAAGACAGCUUUAUAGUUGGUUCCUUUUAGAGUAAAGAGUCUUAAGAGAGUUUUAUUGUGUUUAUGGCAGGUUUGGAAAAGAUAAGAAAUGGGUCCUUCUUCCUCCCACUUUUUUGGGUACUUAAGACAAAAUUCAUUAUCCUAUUGAAAAUUAAAUUCAUCUUUGCUAACCCUAAAAUUGUUCCCAAAUGGAAAUUGAUUCCAGGUUUAUCCCGCAGUUGGGUUAAUCUACAAGGUCUCUCUUCUGGGACCAACGGGGGCUUAGGGAGCCCUAGUUAGAUAAAGGGAGACGCUGCCCCUUAAAACUGGUUUUCAUUUAUCCAGACAAGGACAACUAAUAGAACUUUGGCCCCAGGUGCUCUAAAGUCUUUCCAAGGCCUGAAUCUAAGAAAACAAAAAAUUGGAUACUGAAUAUUUUGGCCUUCCUUUGGCCUUUUUUUCUGGUUCACCUCCACAAAGCAAAAAUGAUACCCUAGUCUACUUUAAUAAUUCACUCUCAAUCUGGUGUCCGUGGUCCCAGCUCCCCUGGCACCAUGCUGUCCCAGGAGUACCCCGCUGGGGACACUCACACCCCAGGCUCACAGGUCUCAGACAACUACUUGAGUUAAAACUGAAACUCAUCCUCUUCUCUGUUUUCUGGUUUUAAAGCUGUGCUUUUGGCCUUAUUUUCCACAGUUCAGGAGAGAGUUGGUUGCCAUUCCAAUAGGAAAAUCUGUGUUUUCUUAUCUUUGGCCGAGAAGAUCCUUUUUGGUCCAACAUUCUGAAGUCGGUAGUUGGCUCUGGGGAACGGUAGGAUUUCCCUCACUCUGUGUGAGGGAAACGGGGAGCUUUGUGGGUCGUCACCAAUCAGAAGGGCAGCCCGCAACACCAGGAAAACCAUCCCAAGACCUGGAAGGGAGAGAGGAAGAGCUUCAGUGAGUGAGGCCACCUGUGAGGGGCGACCUGCAGUCUUCUGGAUUCUUGGCUUUUGUUGCUCUGUUUAGUGGCCUGUCCUUGUGUGUCCCCUGCACUUCCACAGGUCCCGAGCCAGCGGGGGCUUUCAUCCCCAAGGAUCUGUUUCCUCGCUGAAAAUGAAGCCCCACCCUUCACUUUACAUUCCUUUUGAUCCGACUGGUCCAGAUUGGUGCCCAUACCUGCCCUUCUCCCUUCCCUCCAACACAUCCUCCUCUAGGAAGAUAAAGGCAGACCUUCCUUAACGACAGCACCUGGGGCCUGUUCUGCUGCUUCUGCCUCAUUUCUCUACCAGCCAUGUACCUGACUUGCGUUCACCGUCCCCUCGGGCAGUGUCCGUAUGCUGAUUGGCAUCAUGAACUGGACAGUGUGUGAGUGGUCACCUGCUCCCCGCCCCCACGCUGGGAGCCGAGCUGUCUUCCCCUCUCUGGUGCUCCUGAGACCUGUGAGACGGUCCUGUCGAGAGGACGAGGAACCUCGGAGGAGAGUCCUUCUCGGCAGAGCUCAUUGCAAUCAACUGGAAUCGAGGUUGCACACUGUGAUUUUUACACCGAGAAGCCAAACAGAGCUGGCCACCCAGGGCCUAGGGAGACCAGUCUUCCUCAGAGAUGUUUGCCUAAACCAGCAUGAUGCUUCAGAGAGCCCCGCUCUGCCUCCUCUUCCUGGUGUGGACUCAGAUGGGUCAGUCGUUGGGCGACAGAGGUGGGGUGGGGCUCCCAGCAUCCCAGUUUGGAAAAAAGAGGAGUUUGCAGCCAGCAGCCUGUAAACGGGAAACACUGGUCUCAGCCAACCUCCUCAGGGCGCCCUGGUUUUCUCCCCAAAGAGAUGAGCAGAGUCGACGCCAGCAACGGGAUGAACAGGCCCCUGGAAGGGCUGGUGUACAUGAACUUCACGCUCAGAAGAGAAGUUAGGUCUUCCAGGCAAUUGCAAUGUUGUGGCGUCUGACUUGUAUGUCACGUCUGUGUAAAACGGUAUAUUCUUUAAAAAUAGUGUUGAUAACUGGAAUAUUGUAUGUAUGCUUGGCGAUGCUUUGUGUGAACCUAAGACUGUCACUCAACAGAUGUUGGAUUGGGGAAAAUCCAAAGCACAACUUCAAAAUAAAAUACGUUUUUAGGUUUCGA